AUGGAUAUUUUCGAAAUAAAUAACCCGGUCACCAACAGGAAAUCAAAAUACUUGGCCACUGUUGAUUAUUUCUCUGACUUCUUCGAGUUAGAUGAGCUAAAAGGUAUGUCAUCGAAAGAAAUAAUUGAAUGCUGCAAAAGAAAUUUUUCAAGACAUGGCAUUCCAGAAAUCAUUGUAUGCGAUAACGGCACGCAACUAGUGAGCAAGGAAAUUUUAAGCUUUUUUAAAAGUUGGGAAAUAAAAGUGACAACAUCCUCUCCAAGGUACGCGCAAUCGAACGGCAAAGCAGAGUCAGCAGUUAAAAUUGCAAAGCGCCUCAUUAAGAAAGCUUUGGACAGUGGCGAGGACGUUUGGUUAGCCGUGCUCAACUAUCGCAACACACCAAAUGCGAUUGGUUCAAGCCCAGCACAAAGGCUUAUGUCACGCCGUCUCCGCUCGGCGAUACCAGCGCAUCCAAAAAAGCUCCUACCAGAAGCACAAAAGAACGUACAUGACAGAAUUAUGCGAAAACGUCAAAUAGCUAAAUCGUACUACGAUCGUAAUGCUAAAACGCUGCCACACCUGGAGGGGGGAAAGAAGUUAACGUCAAGUUAA